AUGUGGAGCUCUGGAGAGCCCGCGGAUUCUUACUACGAGGUCCGCCCGGAGUGUACGGAUGUUCCUAAAACCCGCUUCAAAAUCAAGCCUGGUAAGACUCUGAGUGUCAGAAAAUGGCAGGCUGCAUUUACUCCAGAAGGCCACCUGGAUAUAAGCAAGACAUUAGGUCGAAUUCAGCGUGGGGGGAUUCAUCCAUCAAUUAGAGGAGAAGUUUGGGAAUUUCUACUUGGUUGUUAUGAUCCUAAGAGUACAUUUGAAGAACGAGAUGAGAUUCGACAGCGUAGAAGGGUUGAAUAUGCUAGCUGGAAGGAGGAAUGUCGGGAAAAGUUUCCAAUUGUCGGCAGUGGCAAGUUUAUUACAGCACCUGUAAUCACCGAAGAUGGUCAGUCUGUUCAGGAGCCAUUGUAUCUUUUAGAAGCAGGUAAUAAUGCUGCAGCUGAACCUCCUAAGGAUAGGGAUGCUGCUGAGACUGGUGAGACCGGUGAAACUGAUGAUACUGGUGAAGCUGGUGAAGAGGGUAAAGCUGGUGAAGCUGGUGAAGAGGGUGAAGCUGCCAGUACAGCUGUAGUCGGUGAAACUGUUGCUAACGGUGAAACUCAAUCAAGUAUAAAUAUUUCCAGUUGGCAAAUGAUGAAAGAGAUUAUCAGUCAUGGCCCUCUGGAUAAGAAAGUCAUCCAGUGGAUUCUUACCUUGCAUCAAAUAGGUUUGGACGUGAUUCGCACUGACCGAACAUUGGUUUUUUAUGAGAAGCAAGAGAAUUUGUCAAAAUUAUGGGAUAUCCUAGCUGUCUAUGCUUGGAUUGACACAGAUGUUGGAUAUUGUCAAGGAAUGAGUGAUCUUUGCUCCCCCAUGAUAAUUCUUCUUGAUGACGAAGCUGAUGCAUUUUGGUGCUUUGAACGUCUGAUGAGAAGAUUGCGAGGAAAUUUCAGAUGCACAGAGAGCUCUGUUGGUGUGGAGUCGCAACUCAGUAAUCUGGCGGCGAUUACUCAAGUUAUUGAUCCAAAACUUCAUCAGCACUUAGAAGCUCUUGGUGGAGGUGACUAUUUAUUUGCUUUCCGCAUGCUUAUGGUUCUAUUUCGGCGAGAGUUCUCUUUCUGUGACUCACUAUACCUAUGGGAGAUGAUGUGGGCUCUUGAAUAUGACCCCGACUUGUUCGAGUUGUAUGAAGAGCCUGAAGCAGCGGAGGGAUCCAAAGGAAGAACAAAGUCUAUACGUCACUAUGGGAAGUAUGAGAGGGAGAACAUGAAAAGUGGUUCAGCAGAGGAAGCUCCCCUUCCCAUCUCUGUUUUCCUCGUUGCAAGUGUCUUGAAAGAUAAAAGUGCAAAGCUACUACAAGAAGCCCGAGGCCUGGAUGAUGUUGUCAAGAUAUUGAACGACAUCACUGGUAAUUUAGACGCCAAGAAGGCCUGCACUGGUGCAAUGAAACUUCACAAGAAAUAUUUGAAAAAGGCCAAGAAGUAG